CGGCUGCUGCCCUAAAUGUGCCGCGGAGGCGGAUUAUUGCCCCGGUGCAUCUGCAUUCCCCUCCUCCCGGCGCUGCUCCGCUCCUCCUUCCCCGAUUCGGCUCCGGCGCUGCCGGACAUGUCGCUGGAGGAUGGGGACCCGCUGAGGCCGAGGGGACAGCAGCUCAGCGCUGUCCCCCGGCUCACGGAGAUGCGGGACCACUCGCUCCGGACACCCGGUGGCAUUGGGACAGACGCGAUGGCAGCAGUGGGUGACAAGGACGUGACCCCCGGAGGAGCCUCACAGCGAGAGUGGCAGCCCGAGGAAGCCCUGAUGACCGAGCUGGCGGAGCUGGUGAAGGAGGUGGUGAAGAGCAGCAGCUGGUGGGAGCGGCACGGCGUGGACAUCAGCAUCCUUGCCUGCAGCAUCCUCCUGCUCCCAGCAGGGUUCCUGUGCCUGCGGUCAGCCCAGGCCGUCCCUUUCCUGGCGGGUGUCCUCAGCCUUGGCGUGGUGCAUCACACCCUGACUGUCAAGGGCAGCCACCUGGCCAGCCACAAUGCCUUGACCGAGUCCAAGUCCUGGGGCAAAGUGUGGGCUGUGUUCUUCAUUGAGCUCUGCUCAGCUUUCACAGUCGAGCAGGCCACCUACAACCAUGUGAAGCUCCACCACGGCUACACCAACGUCAUUGGCCUGGGGGACUCCAGCACGUGGAAACUUCCUUUCCUGAACCGCUACGUUUACAUGUUCAUCGCUCCUCUCGCAGUGCCCAUCCUCACCCCUCUGGUUGCACUUGAUUUAUUGAGGAGCGUGGAGUGGAAGGCAGCUCUCCGGACCCUCUGCUGUAUGUUUCUGGGCUUUUACUGCCACUACUGGCUCUUGCUCCACGUCUCGGGCUUCCAGUCGCCGUGGUCCGCCCUGCUCUGCAUGCUGCUCACCCGCUCCCUCCUGGCCCAUCCCUACAUCCAUGUCAACAUAUUCCAGCACAUUGGCCUCCCCAUGUUCGCCGCCGACCGCAAACCCAAGCGGAUCCACCUCAUGAGCCUGGGAGUCCUCAACCUGCCCCGCAACCCCCUCCUGGACUGGUCCUUCGGCCACUCACUCAUCAGCUGCCACGUGGAGCAUCACCUCUUCCCCAGCCUCUCUGACAACAUGUGCCUGAAGAUCAAACCCCUCGUCUCCCAGUACCUGAAGCAGAAGAAGCUGCCCUACAACGAGGACACCUACAGCUCCAGGCUCUGGCUCUUCCUGCAGAGAUACGAGGAGCUGAUGGUGCAUGCUCCCCCCAUAACGGAGCUGGUUGGCAUCCAGUGAGGGGCUGCAGCACUCGGGGGGUGCUUCCCACAGGGACAGUGGGAGGGAUGGUUUUAGCAGCACCAACACCUCCAUGAGGUCACUGUGUGGGAACAUCCCUCCCUGAACUCUUGCUUUUGGCUAGAAAACAGUGCACAGAGCCAUAGCAGGGGGAGAGCCGGGCAGUGAACCACCAGGGACAGAAAAAUCGGGGUUCCCCCACAGUUAUUCCCAGCCAGGGCUUCGUUUUAUCCGCUCUGCUUCCACACCUGGGGGGAGGAAGCCACUCCACCCCACCCGUGGGGGAUGUGGCACUGCAUCCAGGACAUGCAGGAUCUGCAGGAUGGAGCUGCAGGUCGGGGUCUCAGGGAGGGGUGGCUGUGGGGAGGGGGCGGUGUCACUGCUGCUUGUGCUUUGCCUGACUUUGGGCUGAACCAGUCCCUUCUAGAAACAAAGAUUUGGCAAGUUCAGCCUUAA